AUGUAUGGAGGUACAGAGUUGAUAAUAGAUAAGAACACCUUUCUAGUGGUCAUAGGUGUGUUUAUAAAAGUAGCCUUCACCGCAGGAAUAACGUCCUCCGACUCUUCAUGGAGCGGAAGUAAACUGGUUUUCCCCAAGAUAAUAUUUAAUACAGGAGGUGGUUACAACCCCACUACAGGGAUGUUCACGGCCCCCGUGGACGGGCACUACGUCUUCUUCGUCAGUGUACAGAGUUAUGGUACAAGUUAUAUAAAGAUGGAAAUUGUAUUGAAUGGAGAAUCCAAGGUCAAAACAAUGGCACACGACACUAAUGAUAAGGAUUAUUACGAGACAGGGGUUAACCUGGUUGUGUUAAGGCUAAAUCAGGGAGACAAAGUGUGGGUCAAACAUUAUUUAGGCACUGGAUACUAUUCCAACCCUAUACCUAUCACCACCUUCUCUGGAUUCCUUAACAAUCAGGAAAAUAUGAGGACAAUGGGCCUAAUGGCAUAG